AUGAGAGGAAGAUCUAUUCAUAAUUCACAGCCUUUUUAGAUGAGGUCUCCACAAAGGGCUAUAUCCCCUGUUAUACAAAUUGUUCCAUCAGUCCCUUAAUCAAUGAAUUUGGAUAUUAUUAUAAAUCUGAAAAUGGAAAAAGUCUUGAUGAGUUUUGAAAUACAAAGAUUAAAUUCUGUUUUAUUAGAUAUAGAAAAAAAAAGAAUUGCAAUGAAAAACUAGAAGUAUAUAAAAAAUAUGAGAUUUAAGUUAAAAACUGUAAGAGAGGGAGCAAAUUCUGCUGCUUGAAAUAUCAAAUCAGAAAUAAUAAAUAAACGAUUUAUAACAAAAAGAAAAAAAUAGCAGAGAUUAAUUAAAUUCACUUUAAAGAACUUUCAGCAAACAAGAAAAUCAAAUAAGAGUAAAUUUUGCAUUAAUUUUCAGGAUCAGUUAAUGAGCGAUGAGUUUAAAAAAUUACAAGAAGAAAAUAUAUUGCUAGAAUAAAAACUAUCCUACCUACUAGAAGUGAAUCAAUAACAACUUAAAAAUGAUAGCAUGUUAUUAUAAAAAUCAGGAGGACAGUUAAAAGGAAAAGAGAAUGUAUUACCUUUAAGUUUACAAGCUGGAUUUGAGAAUUUGCAAAGUAACAUAAUGUAGUUUAGAAAGGGCAAUUUGUUACAAAAUAAAUAUGCAAAUGCCUUAACGAUGCUGUCUGAAUUAAUGAGUUCUCAUCAUAGAUUAAUUAAAAAAUAUGAAAAUAACGAAGAUAACAACGAAGUUGAAUUGCAAUAAAUUUAAAUUUAUUUAACUUCAUUAAAUUAAGAUGUAGAAGCAUUAAAAUAAUAUGAAACCCCAAAAGCUGUUAGAAGAAUUUUAAAUAAUUAAAGCCCCACAAAAGGAAGGUCUUUGUCUCCUUCCAUGAGUGCUGGGGAAGUUUUUGCAAAAAUUAUGAGUCACAUAGAGCACCUGUAAUUAGAUGGUAAUAAUAUUCCAGCCAUCAUAAAAUAAAUUUCUUUAUUAAACUCUUUAGUUAGAUUGAAGAAUCAAGAUUUAAAACUAAUUGGAACUAAUAAUAAAUUGAGAUCUUCGCCUAUCAGAUACUCUGCUGAAAGAUUAAAUGCUAGUGUGAGAGUGUUGACUCCAGUAAAAUAUGUCAGUCCAAUAAGGAUUUCUCCAAUUAGAAGUCAUACAUUUCAUAGUACUGUUGGCAUUCCUUAAAAGAUAUCAAUAAUUCACUCAAGCAAAUAAGAGCCAAGUCAAAAUUUACAUAGGCAAGGGUUUAUUGAUACAAAGAGAGAUGAUUUAAGAAAUAUUUUAAGUAAAGUUAGAAAAGGACAAGAGAAUACUAACAGAUUAGAAAAUGAAAAAUAAAUUAAUUAGGAAGAAUAAUUUUGGAAAUAAAAAUAUGAGGAAGAAAUUGAGAAAUAGAAAAGAGGGUAUUCAUUAGACAGUGCAGAAUAUUAGUUAAUGGAAUAAAUUAAAGAAAAUUAAGAACUGUUAUCUCACAUUAACUUAAUGAAAAAUGAUUUCCUUUAAUAAGAAUUAUAUAAUGAAAUGGAAUUAAAAAAGAAAUAAGCUGAGAAUAAUAAAUUGAUGGAAUUGUCGGAUUAAUAAGAGCAAUAAUAAUCAUACUUAAAUAACUAAAUUGAGGAUCUUUAAUAGAAAAAUUUAGAAAAUGAAAAAAUUAAAUAGGAUCUGUUAAAUAAAUUACAAUUAAAUGAUAAGGAAAUAUAGAGAUUAAAAAAUAUUAUAAAUUAAUCCUAUUUAAAACCUUAUCAAUAGGAUAAUUAUUAAAUUUAACUUUGUGAACCUCUUUUAAUUGAAAAAAAUAAGAAGUAACUAGAGAGCGAAGACCAAUAAAAAGAUAAAAAUUUGGAACUUUAAGAAAAAAUUAUUGAACUCUAAGAUGAAUUAAAUAAAAUUAAUUCAGAAUCAACUAAACCACGUAGAAAUUAUACAUAAAAAGAGAUUGUUGAUCCAGAAAAAACCAUUAGAAUUAGUUAAUUAGAAUAAGAAAAUUAAAAAUUAUAGGCUUAAUUAAAGGAAAAAGAAUUAUAGAGAAAGGAUGAUCUUAAAGAAUUCUAAGAGAUGAUAGGAAAUGGAAUCUCGUAAUAAAAGGUUGUAGAUCUUAUUGCAGAAAAGUAGAAACUCUAAGAGCACUUUAGAGUUUUGUAGAAUAAAGUCGAUGCAUUAUAAUAAAAUUUAAUUAGAUUAUAAAGUGAAUUAUAAAGUAAGAAUAAAGAGUUAAAAGAACUAGAAUAAUUAUAGAGCGAAUAAAAUCAACCCUAGAUAUAAGGUUAAAUGAAUUUAAUGGAUUAAAUUAAUAAUUUGGAAGCGUAAUUAAUUUAGGCUAAAAAAUAAUAUUAAGAACUAUUGGAAACUUCAUAACAAAACUCAAGUCCAAAUGGAUUGAAAGAAAAAAUAUUAUAAUAAUAAGCGUUAAUUCAUGAUUAAGAAAAUUAAAUUAAUACUUUAUCCAAUAAAAUAGAGUAGGAAAUUCCUAUUUUAGAAGGGCAAUUAGCAACUGCAAAUCAAAAGAUAUAGGCUGCUGAGAAUGAUAUUCUUAAUUAGGAUAAGCGAUAUAAUGAGUUAUUAAAUAAUAAGUAAUAUCUCUAGAAUCAAGAUUCAUAAAUUCCUAAUGAUGAUUUGAAAAAACUUACUGAGAAAUAUUAAGAACUCAAUCUAUAGUUGUAGUAAAAUAAUAGAAAAUUGGAAGUUCAAUAAGAUAUAUAAGAAUAAUUGAAAGAAGAAAUAAAUGAAAAAGUUAGAGAAUAUAACUUGGCAUAGUAGAUACAACAAAUUCAAUAAGAUUAGAUAAAGGAUUAGUAAUAAAAAAUUAAUAAAAUGAUAGACAAAGAACAGCAAUUAAUGUAAGAAAUAGCAAAUUUACAAAGUAAGAUUAAUCAACAAAGAGAUAUAAAUGUUGACAAUACAAAAUAGAAUGAUCAAAAUAAUAGAGAUGAAAUCAUUUAAAUAUAAGAUUAUGAUUCUGCUCUUUAAAUUAAAUAGUUAUAAGAGGAAUUAAAUAAAGUGAUUAAUGAGAAUAUUCUGAAAGACAAUGAAUGCCAAGUUCUCUCAAAAUUAAAACCUGAAAAUGAAGAACUGAGAGCACAAUAAACCUAACUGUAUUAUCAGAUUGUACAAUUAUAAAAUUAAAUUCACAAUUUAGAGUCUUUUAAACCAUCAAAGUAACAGGAUAAUGAUAAAUAAUUAACAUUUGAGACUGACCCAGAAAAAACUUUAGCUAUUAGUUAAUUACAAUAGCAAAAUUAAUAAUUAAGAAAUCAAUUGUAAGAGAUUUAAAAUUAACGACAGGAUGAUUUAUAAAAAUUCAAAGAAAUAAAUGAGAAUGGAGCUGAUCAAUAACAUAUAAUUGAACUCUUCUAAUCUAAAUAAAAUUUAGAAUAAUAAUUGAGAAAUCUAUAAAAUUAAUUAGAUAAUGCAUUAUAAGAGUAAAUUUUGAUUUAAGGGUAACUAAUAGAAAAAAAUAAGUAAUUCUCUGAAUUUUGCUCAAAUUAUAAUGAUGAAGACUUCAAAAAAUAAUUGGAGAAUUUAAACUAAAUCAUUCAAGAAUAAUAAGAGAAGCUCUUAUAAUCUAAGUAAUAAUACCAAGAACUUUUGGAGUUGACCUCUUAAAAUUUAACUCCUAAUGGACAAAAAGAAAAGUUAUUAUAAUAAGCAAAUUAAAUACAUGAAUAACAAUAGGAAAUUUAAUUGAUGCAUCAAUAAUUGGAUAAUGAAGUUCCAAAAUUGCAAGGAGCUUUAACAGAAUAUAAAUAAAAAUAUAACGAUUCAUAAACAGAAAUCCAUUUACUAAUGGAAAGAUAUCAAAACCUUUUAAAUCAAAGAUCCUAAUAGAAUUAAAGUAACGAAAAAAGUUAUUCAACAAAAUUUAAUAAUUUAUAAGAUACAAAUUUAUCUGCAUAAAAAUAUGAUGAUAAGAAUGAUUAAACUAAUAUAUCUGAUUUUUAAGAUGAUAUGAAUAGGAAAACUAUUUUGCAAGAAUAAGAAAUUGCAUUAAUGCAUAAAUAAUAAGAAAAGGUCAAAUCAGAAUUAGAAGAUUUACAUAAAUAGAUAAAUUUAAAAGAUUAGGAAAUUUUGAUCCUUAAAAACAAACUUGCUGAUGGGAACACUGAGUUUUGGAAAGAGGAGUAUACAAAGUUAGCAACUCAAAAUAAGAGAAGCAGUAAAACAUCAGUUUAAGAGUCUCCAGAAUAAUACUUGAUUGUUGAUCUCCAAUAAAAAAAUUAGAAAUUAAUUAAUUAAAUUGCUGAAAUAGAAGCAGAAAGAUAAGAAGAUUUAAGAAAGUUUCAAAAGAUUUUAGAGAAUGAUGGUACUUAGGAUAAUUCGGUUGUUUAAUUAUUUUCUGAAAAUCAACAACUUCAAUAAUCUAAGAGACAAAUGUAAAAUUAAAUAGAUGAUUUAUUAUCAUAAUUAAAAGAUAAAAAAGAUUUGUAAGAUAGCAAGACGAUAUAAAAUUUAGCUAAUCAAAUACUAGAGUUAUAGAAUUAAAAUUAACUCUUAUCCAAAUAGUUACACCAAUCAAAAGAAUAAUAUAGUUAACUUUAAGAACAAUUAUAAGCUAAUUUAACUCCAAAUGGUUUAUAAGAAAAGAUUUUAUAGAAUACAUAAAUUAUUCAUCAAUAACAAGAGCAAAUAUUAGCCUUGCAGAAUCAAAUUUAAACUGAUAUACCAGAGGUUACACAUUAGUUACAAGAAGCAGAUUAAAAUUUAAAAAAAGCACUAGAUGAAGCUAGAAAUUGGAAAGAAAAGUAUUUGAAUUUAUUAGAGAUUAAAUAGGAAAUUCCUAAAAUAUAAAUUGAUGACAAUAUUAUAAAAUAGAUGAAUUUAGAAGAAUCCUAAGAUUAUAUUUAAACAUUAGUAAAGAAUUACUAAAAAGCUAAUGAAUAAGAGCAACAAGCUAAAAUUAUUAUAGAUGAAUAAAAGAAAUUAAUCAAUUAAUAUGAAAAUUAAAUAGAAGCAUAACAUUAAUAAAAUUCAGAUAUCUCAAAAGAAAACGCUAUAUUAAAUAAAUUAACGGAAACAUAAAAUAGUUAAAUCGAAAAAUUAAAUAAAUCUAAUCAAGCAUAAUCUUUAGAAAUGAUUGAUUUGAAGAAUUAAUAAAGAUAGGAAUAAUAUUGGAAAAAUGAAUACUAAAAAUUAGCUCUAAAAUAUGGAGAAGAUAUAUCAAAUAAAUCUCCAAACUAAGAGGAUCUAUUAAAUUAAAUAGAUGAAAAUAUUUAAGUAGAGAGUAUUAACGAACUUAAAAAUCAAAAUGAUUUAUUAUAGUAAUAAUUAAUUGAUUAAACUGAAGAGCUAAAACUUACAAAGAUAAAAUUUUAAGAAUAACUGCUCUAAGCUCAACGAUAAAUAAAUGAUUUAUUAAACAGUUAAAUUCCUUAACCUACUGAAUAAUAAGAAUCCAUUUAAUUUUAAAAUGAUCCCUAGAAAGCCUUAUAAUUAAGUUAAUUAAGACAACAAAAUUAGUCUUUAAAUAAAUAAAUUGAAGAGUUAGAAUAAACGAGAAGGAAAGAUCUUUAAAAGUUUCAAGAUAUGAUUGAGAAUGGAAUCAAUGAAAAUUAAAUUUUAAGUUUGCAAAAGGAAAAAUAAGAAUUGCAAUCAGAAUUAAGAGUUUCAUAGAAUAAAAUUGAUAACCUUUAAUAAGAAUAGUUAAUUUUGCAAAGUUAAUUGACUUAGAAAACAAAAUAGUUAAUUGAUAUUCAUGAUUAGAUUUAAUUGGAUGAAGCUAAAAAUGUUUAAUUAUAACUAUAGAAUGAGAACGAUCUUCUAAAGAAAUAAUUGGAUAAAAUUAAAGAAUAAUAUCAAGAAUUACUAUAAUUAUAAUCUGAAAAUUUAACACCAAAUGGUUUAUAAGAGAAAAUAUUAUAGUAAACUUAAUACAUUCAUGAUUUAGAGGAAUAAGUUUAAAAUCUAUAACAUUAAGUUGAAACUCAAAUUCCUUAGCUUUCUGGAGAAAUAGUAGAAUUGAAAUUAAGGUUAAAAGAUGCUAUAACAGAUGCUUAAUUAUGGAAUAAUAAAUAUAACGAAGUCAUACAACUUUAAUAAGAAAGAUCUGAAGAUUAAUUAGAAAAACUAUAAUCACAGAUAGCUGAAAAGGAUGAAAAAAUUGAAUAAUAAAAACUAAAAUUUAAUCAAUUACUUUAAGAACAGAUAAAUUAGUUAUCUCCAUCUUCAGCAUAAGCCAAACUUCUAAAAGCAUUUUAAUAAAUUAAUGAUUUGGAAGAGAGAUUAUAAGCAGUUGAAGAUUUGAAAAAUUAAUAUUAAAGGUAACUUAUAAAUGUAAAUCAAUCUAAUGAAAUCUUAGAUGAACUACAAGAGUAUAAACAAAAACUUGAAAUGCAAGAGAAAGUUAAUUAAGUUUAAGAUUCCUAGAUUACAUUUUAUAAAGGUUAGCUCUCUUAGUAGAACCAAACACUUUCUAAUUAAUAAAUGAUGGACCAACUUGAAAAUGAGAAAUAGAAAUCUUAAUUCUGGAAAUAGCAAUAUAGUGAAAUGAUUAAAUAAAAAGAACCUUAAGGAGAUUUAAGUUAAAUUAUAAAAUAAAAAGAAGGUGAAUUAGUCUAAUAAUUUAAAUAACCUUAAGAUUAAAACACUUAAGCAUUUCUUAAUGAGAUUGAAGAUUUGAAAAAAUAGAAUAUCUAUCUUUAAUAAUUAAUAAUCAAUACAUAAAGUAAAUUAAAAACUUAAGAAUAAAAAGAACAAUUCUAGGAGGAAUACCCUUAGGAUUAAGAGAAAUAAAAUCUUGGAUUAUAGAAUUAAGCUUUGGCUAAAUAAGUGGAGGAAUUGAAAAAAAUAAAUUAAGAGUAUUAUUUUAUUUAUAUACUAGUAUUCUUUAAUAAAUGAAUAAAGCUCUUAGUGGAGAUGAUAAGUCGUAAUAAAUAUCAGAACUACUUUAGAAGAAUACUCUCUUGAGUUUAGCAAACUCUAAACUUUUAAUUGAUUUGGAAGCAAAUCAAAAGGAAUUAUUUAAAUAGGGUUAGUAAUAAUAACAAUCAAGUGAAAUGAUAAAGAUUUUAGAUAGAAGUGAUAUGCCUGAUGAUAAAUAGAGAAUAGCUGAUUUAUAAAGUUAAAUUGAAUUGGCAGGAUAACAAAUAGAUUUUUGGAAAUAAAAAUAUCAAACAGUUUUAAAUGAUUUCAGUCAAUAACAUUCACCUACCAGCUUGUAGAAAUAGUUAAUAGACUAAGUUUCUUAAAUUCAUCAAUAGGAAGAAGCUCUUUUUAUACUCCAAUAGACUACUGAUAAAGUUAAGUAAUAGAAUGAAAACUAGAUUAAUUCACUUUAAAGAGAAAUUGAAAUAAUGUAGGAUUAAAAUGAUUAAUUAUAAAGAAAAUUAAUGAGCGAAUAAGAUAUUUGCUAGUAGUUAAGUUAAUAAAGGAUGUAGUAGUAAGAGGUGAAUGAAAAAUAGAUUAAAUUCUGGAAAGAUAAAUACGAAAAUAAUUUAAAAAUUAAUCAUGAAAAUCCUGAAAAGGCUUAAACCAUUUUAAAAUAAGCUGAAGAGGAAGCUCAAAAUUUAAUUGUUGAUUAGGAAUUGACUUAAAUCAAUAUGAAUUUGGAAUUAAUUGAUAGAUUAAGAUUGGAAAAUUAAAAGUCUUAGGAUGAAAUUAAACUCUAUAAGAAGAGAGUAUUAGAACUUGAGUAAUAGUAAUAGAAGAUUGAGCCAAGUUAAUAAGACACUAUAUAAUCAAGGUAGUAUUAAAUUACAUAAAUGGAGAGAGAUUUACAAAAAGCAAUUCAAAAUUAAGAAUUUUGGUAAUAAAAGUAUAAUGAUGUUGUUUAACAAAAUAUUGACAAAGAAAUUGGCUAACAAGGAGAUGUUUAAAACUCCGCAAGUUAUUGGAGAUAAAAAUAUGAUCAAGCAGAAUAGAGCAGAUAAGAAUUAAUAUAAAAAAUUACUGAAAAAGAAAAACAAUUAGAAUAGAAUAUGCAAUCCUUUUAAUCUAUGCUUAAGGAUGAAUUAAAAGAAGAGUUAACAAAGAUCAGAUCCCAAGAAAAAUAGAAAAUACCAGAACAAACUGUAAGUGAAUCCAAUUUAUUACAAAAGUUAAAAGAAUAACAUGAAAACGAGAAAUAACAAUUAAUAUAAGAGUUUUUAAGAAGAAUUGAUUAAUUAUUAAUUAGCAAUGUAUAAAAAUACCCAGAAGGUGAAAAUUGGAAAGAACUUAUUCUGAAAUAUGAGAAAUAACGUUAAAAUGAACUUUAUGAAUUGAAAUAAUAAUUACAGAUUUUAUAAAGAUCACAAAUACAAACUCAGGACAUCGAAUUUUAUGCGGAGAGAAGAGUCUAUGAGAAUACAAUCAAUGAACUCAAAAGUAGAAUUUAGUAUGAUGAUCAACAAGAACUUUUUGACACUAUAGAGUAUUAAAGAAAAGUAAUACAAGGAUUAGAAGAUCAGAUAUCAUUCUUAUCAAAUCAAAAAUUACAUUUAAAUUAACAUAUUUAAGAACUAAACGACGAAAUUGAGAUGCUUAGAGACAAUCUAUUAAAAUACCAACUUCAAUCUGAUAAUAGAAAAAAAUAACGACUUGAAGUGUUGGAGGCAAUAUCAGAGAUGAAAAGAGAAAGAACUCGAGAGAGAGACUCUUAGAAAUCACCUUUCUAAUCUAUGAGGCCUAGCCAAAAUAAAUAGUCAUAGGAUAGAUAUCCUCGGGAUUAUCUCAGGCCAUCUAAUAUACCAUAAUAGUUUUCAUCAUUUAAGGAACAUAAUUCUCCAAAUUAAAGAAUUCCUUAUCCAUCAAUUUAAUUCAUAUCUUCAUAAUAAGAGAAUAGAGAAAUACCAUAAAAAUUAUAAGAGUUGGAAGAAGUUAAGAAUAAAUACUAAACAGCAUUAAAUAAUAUACUAAAAUUAGAGACAUAAGUUGUUGAAAAGCUAUAGUAGGAUGAUAUAAUUAUUCAAUGA